CAUUCUUGAUACAUCUGUAAUGAUGGGCCAGCAUACUGCUAAGGAUAUUGCUUGUCACAUUCAGACUAUUCUAGAUCACUGGACGAUAACUAAAAAUAAAAUAGUGUGCAUUACUACUGAUAAUGGAAGUGAUGUGAAAGCAGCUUGUACUAUCUUACAAAUAAGAAAUCUCCCGUGCUAUGCACAUACUCUAAACUUAGUAAUUAAAGAUGCAAUAAAAGAGAAUAAAGAUUUUGAUGCAAUCGUUAAAAAAUGUAGUGAUAUUGUUACAUUUUUUAAAAGAAGUAACAAGGCCAUGAAAGUUUUAAAUAAUGAGCAGGUUACGCUCGGUCGGAAAGUGCCACUAAAAGUCUUAAAAGACGUAGAAACAGGGUGGAAUAGCACUUAUAUUAUGUUAGAUAGACUUAUUGAAAUUGGAGAUGCGUUGACCAUAGCACUUAGCAAAUCUGCUAAAGCUCCAUCCAUUUUAAUGCCAGAAGAAAAAGACGUGAUAACUGAGGCUCUUUUAGUCUUAAAACCAUUUAAAGAUAUAACGGAAAAAAUGUCAGGAGAUAAAUAUGUUACGGCAUCAUUAAUAAUACCAAUGACAGUGGAAAUACAAAUGGAAUUAACUCGACUUAGACCCACUCUGAAAUGUUCUAUAGCUCAAGGGCUAGAAAAAUCAUUACAAAGUGUUUUGAGUAAUAGAUUGUUCAAAUACGAGGCAAGACAGGAACCUCAAAUUAGCACUUUUUGUGACCCAAGACUGAAGAAACUCGCAUUUUUGUCCACCAUUAACGCCAAAACUGCUCAAGAUUUAACAGAAGACGAGGUGAAAAGGAUAAUUCAUAAAAAUAAAAAUGAAAUCAGAACUACAGAUUCCGGAGUUUCAGAAAGAGAAGGUAAUAAAUAAUUUAUUAGAAUUUAA